UUUUCCCCAAAAAAUGAACUUGUCGUACUCUCUCUUUUCACACGAAAAUCGAGAAGAACAAUAAAAAAAAAACUGUUUCUCAAUCAAAAUUAAAAAAAAAAGUUAGGGUUCCCAAAUCCCUCUUCUCUCUCCUUUGGGUUUUCUUUCCCUCCAAACGCCAUUCCUGCUGUUUCUUUUUCAUUUUUCCCGGAAAAAGUUGGAGAAAGUUUUACAGGUCCAUCUCUGUCUGUGGCUUCGGUGAUCUCAAAAUUUCUCUCACGUUUUCUCCGGGAAGUUCAUUUUCCCGGGAAAAUUUCACCUCCAAAUUCAUCUUCCGCCAAAUUCACCUUCCACGGGAUUCUUCUCUGAAUCAGGCUUUUCACAGGUGUUUUGCAUGUGAUUAACUGAUCUCAGAGGAAAAUUAGCUGGUAAUUGGAAUCGAGGGAGGAAACUAAUUGUCAAAGAUCUAUAAAAUCAACGUAGAGAGUUCCAAAGAUAAGACGUAUCAGCUUACACUUACAUUUAGAUUGUUUAUUAUUCUUUUCAUGUUUAAUAUAGUGAGAGUAUUGUGAAUUGAUCUUCAAUCACCUUGAAUUUGGAUGUUAUUGCUUUAUGGAUUUGGGAGUAUCCUCACCUACGUCUUCGCCAUCACGGUCAAGGGACUCGGUGAAAUGUUGUAAUUGUGGGUGUACUUGUUCGUUGGUAACCUCUUCCUCCUCAGGCAAUUGGUUCAGGUCUGUGAAACGGAAAUAUGAUGAGUUUGAAGAGGGAAAACGACUCAUUAUACCAGGAUUUGAUCUGUUUUCAAAUCCUCGUGUGCAAAUUGAGAAUGAAUGUGCUGCACUACGUGAAACAGUUAGUAGCCAACAGAAAGCAAUACAGGAUUUAUAUGUUGAAUUGGAAGAGGAGAGAAAUGCCUCUUCCACGGCAGCAAAUGAGGCUAUGUCAAUGAUAUUGAGGUUGCAAAGGGAAAAGGCAGAGAUACAAAUGGAAGCUCGGCAGUUUAAGCGUUUUGCAGAGGAGAAGAUGUCACAUGACCAGCAGGAGCUUUUAGCUUUGGAGGAUUUAUUGUAUAAAAGAGAACAGGCCAUUCAAUCACUUACUUGUGAGGUUCAGGCUUAUAAGCAUAGGAUGAUGAGUUUUGGGCUUACAGAGGCAGAGGCAGAUGGGGAGAAGGGUGAAAAAAGUGGGAUUAGCCGUAAUCCAAGUAUAACAGAAAAUUUGGAUGCUGCCCAAUUUCAGUUUCAAUUUCCAUAUGAUUACCCACCCCUGAAAUGCAAUUUGAAUGAGAACCAGAGUGCUUUGGAGGGUGAGGAUGACAUUGUGGACGUUGAGAAAUAUGCUUUUGGUGAGACUCCUCGUGGUCGGGACCAUUUGAAGAAUUUGGAAUAUAGAAUCAAUCAGAUGGAGAAAAGUUCUAGCAGCAGUCAACCAGAUGGGGAAUUUUCUGGUGCGAAGAAUAUUCUAGAGAAGGUGAUAGUUGGCCACUCUCCCAGGCGGCCAAAACAUAAUAGGAUGCUUUCUGGGGAUAGUUCAAGUUCAUUCAUGGGGAUGCCAAGGGAAGCAGGUCCAGAUCUUGCCACAGAAUCUCCUAGUUUCAAGUUCAACAAUAGCUUUAAGAAGAUGGAAUUCAACAAUAGCUUUAAGAAGAUGGAUUUCAACAAUAGCUUCAAGAAGAUGGAUUAUGUUUCGCAAUCAGAUGACUACUCAAAUUUGAGAAAGGUGGAUAAUGCAUCAGAUUUUGGAGAUGACAUGAGUGACAGAGUUUAUACCAUUGAUUCUGUCCAUAAUGGGGUACCAUAUAAUGGUGUUGCAGAACCAAAACCUGGAGUUGGUAUUUGCGAAGAUUAUAUUUCCACUCCAAGGGAUGCAUUGAAUCGGCCUGAUGAUAAUGAUCCUGAAAUCAAAAAGCUUUAUACAAGGCUUCAGGCGCUUGAGGCUGACAGGGAAUCUAUGAGGCAGGCAAUUAUUUCAAUGCGGACUGAUAAAGCACAAAUGGUGCUGUUGAAAGAAAUAGCCCAACAUUUGUGCAAGGAAAUGUCGCCAGAAAGACGAAUUACUGUACAGAAGCCAACCCUGCUUGGAACCUUUUCUUUCAUGUCAGUUUUUAAGUGGAUUGCGUCCUUCCUUUUCUGGAGAAAGAGAGCUCGCCGAAGCAAGUAUAUGUGUGGACUUUCGGCAAGCAAUGUUGGUUUGCUAUUGCUUCUGGACAAAGGGCCCCGCAUGAGGCAGUGGAGAUGUCUUACAAGUACACAAGUAUAAAACCGCUAUUCAAACUUCCAUAUCCAAUCAAAGCUGCUAUUCUAUAUGAGCCUCAAGAGUAUUUUAUAACAUUGCCUUGAUUUUUAGCAUUCUUUUUCUGUAUUCCUUGCUGCUGCAGAUUUGGGUGUUUUGUGCAGUGUUUUUUGAUUUCAAUUUCUUGAUUGAAUAUAUUUUGAUGGUUGAUCAGUGAAAGAUGGAUAUGAUAUGGGUAAAGUUACCCAAGUAUUGUGUUGGAACUUAGCUUGCGGUACACGUAUCUUGAAAUUCCUCUCCUGUAUAUUCAGAUUCUUGUAUGAUUCCCACCAUAAUAUGCAACGGUUUUCCUUUUUCUUAUGGAAGACAAAAGAAAAAUCCAUCCUGAGGAUUUGUUUGUUUCUUCUCUCC